ACUCAUCUGCGAAGACAAAUAAUGGAGAUAGACACCAUUUAUCAAAAUGUUGAACACAAAGAUGUUAUAGACACACGUGGAUCUCAAAUACAGAGUCACAGCCAGGAUGAAGGACAAGCUCAGAAGAAAAGAGGAAGCAGGUGUUUGGUGUUGAUGACAGUGUGUCUCGGGCUCAUUUGUGUUCUUCUGCUGGUCUUCGUCGUACUCCAGCACAUCACCAUCACAGAUUUAACAGAGACCAACGAGGAACUGAAGGCAAAUUCUGGACAUGUUUGUUUUUCCAUAUGCAACGAGGAGAUGAGCUGGAACGACAGCAGGCAGUUCUGCAGAGAUCGAGGAGCAGAUCUGGUCAUCAUCAACACUGAGGAGAAGCAGAAGUUCAUAACUUCAUUCAUCAAGGAGAGAAUGUGGAUUGGUUUGUUCGAUAAUAACAAGGCCAACUGGACAUGGGUGGAUAAUUCACUACCGAUUCAAACGUUUUGGGAUAAAGGUGAGCCGAAUGGGCUUGAUGAGAACUGCACUGAACUGGAUCCUAGAAGAGGCACGGUGAACAACUGGAAUGAUCUCCCAUGUUCAUGGAAGUUUAAAUGUAUUUGUGAGAAAUAGUUUUAAUAUAGUCUUGUCAUGCUUUUACUUCUAUCUUAUCUCAUUUUGAUCACAUAAUUCAUUAUAAAGUGUUCUGUCUUUUAAAACUGACAGUUUAUUUCAUCAUGAAACACUUUAUUGGAUGUGUUCAUGUCUUGCUCCAUCACAAGCAGCUCUAUAUUAAUAUGUCCGUGGUUAUCGUGGUGAGUGUUAGUCAGAAAUUAUGAGGUAAAAAUCAGUUUACAGAAGUGUUAAGUCUCCCUGCUUGCCCUGAAUCAGCCUAUUAUUCUGAUAUUGAGUGUAUGCGAAGCUGUUUUUGAAUGGCUUAUGUUUUAAUAAAAUGUUAAAAUGCCUCUUA